AUUGAGGAGACUUGAAUAUUUUUGUAUCCUGAAAGAAGAAAUGGAUGAAGAAGACCGAAGAUAAUGAUGAAGGGAUAAUUUGGAAUAGGAUUCACAGCAAGAGAGACAGAAGGGAAAGACAUUGAAGAAACAGACUAAUUAACACGUGAAGAAAAUAGAGCAGAGGACAACACGUCCAUGUUUUUCCACGUCUAAUGAGAACAGGGUCCUAGCACAGUGUCUGAUGGAGCUUUCCUACCAGACCCUCAAAUUCACGCAUCAGGCGCGGGAAGCGUGCGAGAUGAGAACAGAAGCACGACGAAAAAAUCUUCUCAUUUUGAUUUCGCAUUAUUUAACACAAGAAGGGUAUAUCGAUACAGCAAAUGCUUUGGAGCAAGAAACUAAACUGGGGUUACGACGCUUUGAAGUUUGUGACAACAUUGAUCUUGAAACUAUUUUGAUGGAAUAUGAGAGUUAUUAUUUUGUAAAAUUUCAGAAAUACCCCAAAAUUGUCAAAAAGUCAUCAGACACAGCAGAAAAUAAUUUACCACAAAGAAGUGGAGGGAAGACCAGAAGGGUGAUGAACAACAGUUGCCAAAAUCUUCCCAAGAUCAAUCAGCAGAGGCCCCAGUCCAAAACCACAGUGGGGAAGACAGGGGACACCAAAUCUCUCAAUAAGGAGCAUCCUAAUCAGGAGGUAGUUGAUAACACUCGCCUGGAGAGUGCCAACUUCGGCCUAAAUAUAUCAAGAAUCCGUAAAGACAGUGGAGAGGAAAAUGCCCACCCACGAAGAGGCCAAAGCAUUGACUUCCGAGGGCUGCUCACAGAUGCCAUCAAGGGAACAACCAGUGAACUUGCCUUGAACACCUUCGACCGUAAUCCAGACCCCUCAGAACGACUGUUGAAACCUCUGAGUGCAUUUAUUGGCAUGAACAGUGAGAUGCGAGAAUUGGCAGCGGUGGUGAGCCGGGACAUUUAUCUCCAUAAUCCAAACAUAAAGUGGAAUGACAUUAUUGGACUUGAUGCAGCCAAGCAGUUAGUCAAAGAAGCUGUUGUGUAUCCUAUAAGGUAUCCACAGCUAUUUACAGGAAUUCUUUCCCCCUGGAAAGGACUACUGCUGUACGGCCCUCCAGGUACAGGAAAGACUUUACUGGCCAAAGCUGUGGCCACUGAAUGUAAAACAACCUUCUUUAACAUUUCUGCAUCCACCAUUGUCAGCAAAUGGAGAGGGGAUUCAGAAAAACUCGUUCGGGUGUUAUUUGAGCUUGCCCGCUACCACGCCCCAUCCACGAUCUUCCUGGACGAGCUGGAGUCGCUGAUGAGUCAGAGAGGCACAGCUCCUGGAGGAGAACAUGAAGGAAGCCUGCGGAUGAAGACAGAGUUACUGGUGCAGAUGGAUGGGCUGGCGCGCUCAGAAGAUCUCGUGUUUGUCUUAGCAGCUUCUAACCUGCCAUGGGAGCUGGACUGUGCCAUGUUACGCCGCCUGGAGAAGAGGAUUCUGGUUGAUCUCCCCAGCCGGGAGGCCAGGCAGGCCAUGAUCUACCACUGGCUGCCUCCUGUGAGCAAGAGCAGGGCCUUGGAGCUGCACACAGAGCUGGAGUACAGUGUGCUGAGCCAGGAGACUGAGGGCUACUCAGGCUCCGACAUUAAGCUCGUCUGCAGGGAAGCAGCCAUGCGGCCCGUGAGGAAGAUCUUUGAUGCACUUGAAAAUCACCAGUCAGAAAGCAGCGACUUACCCGGGAUCCAGUUGGAUACAGUAACCACUGCCGACUUUCUGGAUGUGCUAACUCACACCAAGCCCUCCGCAAAGAAUCUGGCUCAGAGAUACUCAGCCUGGCAAAAAGAGUUCGAGUCUGUUUGAAACCACAUUUACCCUGACCUGGCCACAAAGGCAACCACAAAGACCUCCUAGUUUAUUAGUGUCCGUGGGAGAAGAACAAAAUGGAAUGGAAAAGAGAAAAUUAUUCUUGAAGAAUGGAUUAACCUGAGCCACUGUAUUAUUUUGGAUAGCUGAGAUAUAUUUAUUAACUUACCAUUAUUGAUGUCAGCAAAAUAUUGAGGGUUUCAGUUGUAUACAUAUAUGUGCUAUUAGGUCAUACAAUGGAGAUUUUUCUGACAAUUAGACUCCAUAAAAUUUUAAUGAACAAUUUUCUGUAAUGUUACUCAUUUGUAAACUUUUGAAGAAAAAGAUGUACUUAGAAAAGUUCUGUUGGCCACGCACAGGAUGAUCCUGAGUUGGUGCAGCCAAGUAGAAGCUAAGCUUGACAGGCACUGCCCAGCUGACAGUCCCAGGGUGAAGGAGGACGGAAGAAGGGAAGGCAAUGCAGUCUGUUUCUCAAUCUGGACAAUAUUCUGAAUCUCAUCAGCUCCCCCUAAUUCUGACUCCAUCCAGCUUUGUCAGCAGCAAACCCCUCCCAAACUAAGCCUCACUCAGAAAUGUCACUGAGCAUUCUGAUCCUAGAGCUAAUAGCCGGGGUGACUAGCACACUAUCACCAUCAGCUGCCAGUCUGACUGUUUUGGGUUCUGGCCCCCAAUAACAUCUUUUCACUCUUCACACCUCACAUCCGGUGUGCUCUGCCCUUCUCUUUCCAUUGCCGCAGCUUCUCAUCAGAUCCAAAGCUUAGGAUGGGGCACCUGAGCUUCGAGAACAUUCGUCCCAAGUCUUCCCUGCUCUUAGGCUCUUCCCCCUCUCCUUAAGGGGUUAUAAACAACUAGAAGCAUCUCUCUCAGAAACCCACAAUCCGAGGCAUCUACUUUCAACCCUUGAUAAAUUUUGAAGGCUUCCACUAAGUAAUGCCACUUCUUUUCCCCCACUAGAACUUACCUAUGGGAAAUCACCUUCUUUUCUCUUCCUUGCCUUGUCUUCAUCAUCCCUGCAGACAGACUCUUCGAGAGGAAGAACCUCCAGAAAGAGACACUUUGGAUAGCUAAGUAUCCCAAAGGAUUUUACCCUUUUAAACAAAACCAAAGCAUUUUUUGGGAUAUCGAUUAUUUUGAGAUUAUUCUCAAAUGCCUCUUUAAACAUCAUUUCAUGGAAAAUGUCAAAUUGAAAAUAUACCUUAUUUAACAAAUUGAAAAUAAAAAAGAUUUCAUCUCA